AUGGCUGAUAACUUGGACAUGUUCAGAAAGUUGAGUGAGCAUUUGAUCCUGAUCAUCAUCUCUUUCCUUCCCUUCAAAGAAGCCGUAAGGACUAGCGUUUUGUCCAAGCGUUGGCGUUUCAUGGAUUGUGCACUACAACAGAUCCAAAACUAUCAAGGACGUUUAGGCCUUGAUUUUUCUGACCCAACAUGGGCAGAAGAUAACCUUGAUAAUCAUGCAGCGUUGUUUGAUUUGCCAUUAAAUGUGUUUGGACAUAUAGUUCUUGAAUCUAUAAAGUUGUUCUCCUGCAAUUUUCGUAACUCUGACUUCAUGAACUUUACAGCACUGAAGCAAGUCUCUUUCGGUUGGCUUGAAUUAUCACUGAGUUUUAUUAAAGCCUUGUUAAGGAAUUGUCCCUUGCUAGAGAGUUUGAGUUUGAAGAAGUGUUGGAACUUGGAUCAUCUUGAAAUCAGUGGACCAAAUUUGAGGCUGAAAUGUUUUGUUGCGGAUAACUGUUCUCUAAUUUCCAAUGAGAUUGUCAUUGAAGCGCCAAAUUUAAGGUUCUUCAAAUAUUCUGGGACAAUUCCUCAUUUUGAAUUUGAAAUACACCCAGCCCAUAUGGAAGAAGCAGUUCUAAGCUUUGGGAUGGAGUUGGAUUAUGAUGAAUCUAUAGGAUAUGAUCUCUAUAAACUCCUUCUACAACUUUAUCCAAUCAAGGUUUUGACCAUUUGCAGCUUUAUGCUUCAGGUUUGA